AUGUGCCAUGACCAUUUUUAUGUUGAUCUAGGCCCUCUAAUCAACUUUAUCGUGGGCAAAAAUGGUAGCGGCAAGAGUGCAGUCCUCACGGCCAUUACUCUUUGCUUAGGGGGUAAGGCAUCUACUACCAAUCGAGGCCAGAGUCUAAAAAGCUUCAUCAAGGAAGGCAAAGAGCAUGCAACCAUUGUUGUGCGAAUCAAGAACCAAGGAGAUGGCGCUUAUCUGCCAGAUGAUUAUGGCAAGUUUAUCACUAUAGAACGCCACUUCUCCAGAAAUGGCACAAGUGGGUUCAAGAUAAGAUCAGAAAAUGGCCGUAUCAUGUCCACCAAGAAGUCAGAGCUCGAUGCCAUCAUUGACUAUUUCACCCUGCAAUUCGACAACCCAAUGAAUGUUCUCUCCCAGGAUAUGGCCCGCCAAUUCAUCGGCUCAUCAAGUCCUAGUGAGAAAUACAAGUUUUUUGUGAAGGGCGUUCAACUCGAGCAGCUCGAUCAAGAUUAUCGGUUAAUUGAGGAAUCCGGUGACCAAAUCGAGGAGAAACUGAGGGGCCGGGAACAGGAUAUAGCGAUAUUGCAAAGUAGGAAGGAAACUGCGAACCGAAAGCUUGAUAUUUCCAACCAACAUGACUCCCUGCGGAACCGGAUCAGGAAUGUUCGAAAUCAAAUGGCCUGGGCUCAGGUAGAGGAACAAGAAAGGAUAAGGGACUCUUUAGACGAAGAACUUCUUGCGGCAGACAACCAGAUCGCAGCUGACGAAGCUGAUUUGACCAAUUUUGAUGUUACUAUUAACGCGGCUGCAGCUGAGCUUGAGGCCGCCGCGGGAUCUGUUCGCCAAGCUAAUGCGAAGCGAGGCCAGGUCCAAGAUGAGAAAGACGAAAUCCAAGCGAGGUGGGAUGCGCAAAUGACUGAGCGUCAUGGACUGCAGGCCGAACAACGCCGGAUCAGAGAAUAUCUCAAGGCAGCAGAAGAAAGAAUAGCUACUACUCAACGGAGUAUUGACGAAGAGAACCGGCGUUUAGCCGAGAUUAGCGGCGGUAGCUUUACUCGAAAGCAGGAGGAACUUGAGCGAGCAAAAGAAGAAGCCUCCCAAGCCCGUGCUCAGUAUGAGGAACAUAGUAGCGACCGUGACCGUCUAUUCCAUGACAUAAACGAGGCUGAAGAAAAAGUUCGGGAGGCCGAAGGGCCAGUCGAUAAAAUCAGGGCCGAUGUCAAGGAGGCUGAAUCGCUUUUGUCAACCCUGGAAAGGGAAGGGGGUCCACAGAAUUCUGGGUUUCACGAGAGAAUGCCAUUCCUUUUGAGAGCCAUUGAACAAGAACGUUCCUUUACUAAUCGUCCUGUCGGGCCUCUUGGUCAUUACGUGCGCCUGCUCAAGCCAGAGUGGUCUUCGAUUCUUGAGAACGCAUUCGGCACCACGCUGAACAGCUUUGUGGUAACUUCACCCAGAGACUCGAAGAUUCUCUUCCAGAUCAUGAGGAGGGUUAACUGUGAUAAACACAUCAAUACUUCAGGCAAUGAACCCGAUUCUCAGUACGAUACAGCCUUGCGGGUCCUUGAGUUUGAUAACGAGUGGGUUCGUGGACAGUUGAUCAUCAACCAUCAUAUAGAAAAGAUGCUGCUUAUUGAGAACUUAGAAGAAGCAUCUUCUGUUCUCUUUGAUGGGCAACAGCCUAGAAACGUUAAACGUUGUUAUUGCAUUGACCAAACAAACAGACGCAGGGGUAUUCAUCUUUCUUUUAGCAGGACUGGUGAACCAAGCCAAGCACCAGUCCCAGCCUACAAGGGGUCUCCGCGAAUGAGGUCUGAUCGGGAAUCUCAAAUUAAGGUACAGCAGAGUGUCGUGGCAGAUCUAAAGCAGGACCUUAGCCGUCACGAACAAGAGCUUCGGUCUGCUCAGUCUCGGCUGGAAAGCUGCAAGCAAGCCCGUCAAAAACACGACCGAAGGUCAAACGAACUAAGAAUUGCAGCACAGAGAAUGGAAGACCGUGUCGAAGAGUUGAUGGAUGCGCUUGACAGGGAGGCUCCCGAGGAUGGGCGCCUCGACGGGCUUCGGACCACACUGCAAGAGGCAGAAGAGGAAAGGCACCUUAAUGAAGGAUCUUUGAAUGACGCCAGCGAUGCUAUGGAGGCCAUGAUGAAAAAACUGAAAGCAAUCAAGCAAGAGCUCGCGGCCAAAGACGCUGAGAUUGCCAUCGUACAGGAAGAGCUCAAAGUUGCUCAGGAUGCGGAACGCAAGGCUGAUGAAGAGCGCCGAAAGAGGAUAAAUGAUAAGAACGCAGCAGCAGAAAGAAUCGAGGAUCGCAAGCGGGACAGAGAUAGAGUCAAGAACAAGCGAGAUGAGAUCGCGGUACGUAUCGUUGACUUCAGCGAAAAGGCAAAUAUAAUCUGUGACCGAGUUGCCAUCGAGGAAGGUGAAACAGCGGCUAGUCUGGACAGAAAACUCGAACGACUUCACAACGACAUCAAGCGCUACGAGCAACAGUUGGGAGCAUCUCGCGACGAGUUACUUGCUGAGGUCACAAAGGCUAGCGAAGCCUAUGAUCGAGCUUUGAAGCAAGUUCUGAAGGCGACACUGAAUGUCCGCAAAAACCGCUGGCUAAUUUUUAGAUCACACAUUUCAUCCCGUGCCAAGGUGGAACCGGACAUCACAAAAGACAGCGCUGGUCGUGGUGCGAAGACACUUUCUGGCGGCGAGAAGUCAUUUUCUCAAGUAUGUCUGUUAUUGGCAUUGUGGGAGGCUAUGGGGUCUCCAAUUCGUUGCUUAGAUGAAUUCGAUGUGUACAUGGAUCACAUUAACAGGAAGAUGGCUAUCGAUAUGCUUAUGCUAGCUGCCAGACGGUCGAUAGGACGGCAAUUCAUUCUUAUUACCCCCGGGUCAAGAUCAGAAAUUACUCUGGCGCCUGACGUCUGUGUAAAGGAGUACUACUUUGAUUUAUAUCAUUUCCCUCGUGAGAUCACACAGGCUAAUGUAUCUCAGACUUGGAUCGAGCUAGUAAUCAUCACUUGGAAGGAGCAAUUGAAUGUCCCUGCCAAAGAUGCAAGACCACAAACUGAGGAUGUGACUGCUACGAAAGGCUUGGAAUUCGAAGACUUCUACAUCAAACGCGAACUGAUGAUGGGUAUAUUCGAAGCUGGUUUCGAAAAGCCUUCUCCAAUUCAGGAAGAGACGAUACCAGUCGCUCUUACAGGCAGGGAUAUCUUGGCGCGAGCCAAGAAUGGCACAGGAAAAACAGCAGCUUUCGUUAUUCCUACCUUGGAGCGCAUCAAUCCUAAAAGCACCAAGACACAAGCCCUUAUCCUUGUUCCUACAAGAGAGCUGGCGCUCCAAACGUCACAUGUCUGCAAAACUUUGGGAAAGCACCUCGGUAUCAAUGUUAUGGUCACCACAGGAGGUACCGGCUUGAUGGAUGACAUUAUUCGGCUGAACGACGCAGUCCAUAUCCUCGUUGGAACCCCAGGGAGAGUCCUGGACUUGGCCAGCAAAGGGGUUGCUGACCUCUCCGAGUGUCCUACAUUUGUUAUGGACGAGGCUGAUAAGUUGCUGUCACCUGAAUUUACUCCAGUCAUCGAGCAACUACUAUCAUUCCAUCCUAAAGACCGCCAAGUAAUGCUUUUCAGCGCCACCUUCCCGCUUAUUGUGAAGUCAUUCAAGUUACAAAUCAAUCAAUCUAUUAUCUUCUGCAAUUCUACCAACCGUGUCGAGUUGCUCGCUAAGAAGAUAACGGAACUGGGUUAUUCUUGCUUCUACUCCCAUGCCAGAAUGCUUCAGCAGCAUCGCAAUCGGGUGUUCCACGACUUCAGGAAUGGUGUUUGCCGGAACCUUGUUUGCUCGGAUUUGUUAACUCGAGGUAUUGACAUUCAAGCCGUCAAUGUUGUCAUAAAUUUUGAUUUUCCGAAGAACGCCGAGACUUACCUGCACCGAAUUGGUCGAUCUGGCCGCUUUGGGCAUCUUGGUCUUGCUAUCAACCUUAUCAAUUGGGAAGACCGGUUCAAUCUAUAUAAGAUUGAGCAGGAACUUGGAACUGAGAUCCAGCCAAUUCCACAAAACAUCGACAAGAAGCUUUACGUCUAUGACUCACCGGACACAAUUCCACGCCCUAUUGCCAAUCCAUCCCAGCCCCAGAUUACUGCCCAAGCUGCGAAUGCAAACAUUGGUGAGCGUCGUCACAACCACCAUAUGAAUGGUGGGCAGUACCAAUAUGGUAGGGGCCGGGGCUCUUACCGCGGAGGUCGUGGACAAGGCCAGCGUCGCAACAUGCAGAACGAUACCAAGUUUGGCACUCAAGGACAGUCGAGCGGCAAGUCCCACCCAACGCAAGUGUCAUAG